UAUUUUAUUAGAAAAUGGCGAAGUGUGUGAUCCAUCCCAACUCCUAACUUCCUGGAUAGAGCGCCCGAGAUUUCGGGAAAUUAUAUUUAAGCAUAGCAUGGCAUGUUCUACAACUAGUUCUCCGAUGCAAAUCAAGACGGAACCAGUUGAUACUGAUUUAUUCGAGGGAAGCGCGACAAGUUAUCAAAGAUACGGAACACCCAUGACGUCAUCGCCCACUGGAGUAGAUAGCACGACAGUAUCAACCAAUGGGAAGGUCGCUAAUUCUGGUGUAUCGCCCCCACCCCUGAAGAAACUCUUAGUACAGAACGAAUCUCCCACUGAAAUACACAAGAAAUGCAACGAUUGUUAUGAUUCACCAACUUAUCGAAAGACUCCACGGGGAUCUACGUCCAGUUCUAGCACACCUUCAGUCGGCCCGUCCCCUGUCAGUCCACGCGACAAAAUUCCAAGCACUUACGAACAUUUUGAAGGUUCUCAUUCUUCAAGCAUGCUGCAUACGAUGAAUGAAAUGAGAAGAUCAAGAAAAUUUGUUGACAUAAUAUUGGUGGUGAAAGGGAAAGAGUUACCUUGCCAUAAGGUCGUAAUCUGCGCAAUCAGUUCCUAUUUCUCAGAAAUACUAAAUCUAGCUCAGCCCGAAAUUCAGCGUCACUAUAUAACGGAAGCAUCUUACGAGGUAGUGGUUCAAUUACUGGACUUUGCUUACACAUCAAGGAUAACUAUAACAGAUUCAAACAUUCAGCCACUUCUAGCAGCCGCAAGUCAUUUUAAGUUUACUUCAGUACGUGCCGCCUGUAUGGCGUUUUUAAAGAGAAAAAUCAAUCCAACAAACUGUAUUAUCAUUGAAAAGUUUGCUUCGGCACAGGGAUGUACUGAGCUAGCAGUUCAUGCUAGGUCGUAUGCAAUGGAAAAUUUUGCAGAAGUUUUUCAAACUCCUGAAUUCAUGGACCUAUCUGUCGAUAAACUGCUAAAAUAUAUUUCCAGCGACGACCUCAACGUUCAACUAGAGGAAACGGUAUACACAGCAGCCAUGUCAUGGGUGUGUCAUGAUCGCAUAAAACGAAAGAAUUAUUUGGCCAAAGUUCUAGAAUGUGUCCGACUUCCAUUAGUCAGGCCUCAGUUUUUAUUGGACAUUGUUCAAGAAGACAGACUUGUUCGUUCUGUAAAGGAAUGCGAAGUUUUGUUAGACGAAGCUAGACGAUUCCAGUUACUUGCAGAUCAACGAGCACUUAUGCAGAGUUCUCGGACUCAACCGCGAAAUUCUUACAAAGCUCAGAAAACGGAAAUCGUCGUCGUCGUUGGUGGCUUGAACAAAGACAAGUUAUUGGUGCCUGAAUGUUUCUAUUACAGUUUUCCUGAAAUAUAUGGAAAACCUCUCGCACCACUGAAAGUUUCUCAGACUGCUUACAGCGUUGCCACUGUCAAUAAUAAUAUAUUUGUCACUGGAGGAGCAUUCAGUAGUGCAUGCAAUGAUGUAUGGAUGUAUGUUCCGAGCCUAGAUGUUUGGCAACAGGUAGCGCCUUUACUUGAAGCCAGAUAUUUGCACACAUCAGUUGGUUUGGGGAAUUAUUUAUAUGUUGCCGGUGGACAUGAUGGCACAAAACGAUUAGACUCGGUUGAAAGAUAUAAUCCUGAUUCCAACACUUGGAUAAGAGUUCAACCUAUGCUUGAGGCUCUGAGUUCUCCAUCUGCGGUCACUUGCGACGGGUGCUUAUAUGUUAUAGGGGGUGCCAAAGGAUCGUCUCCAAACGAUAUUGUUUCAAAAGUCCAAUGUUACAAUCCUACGUUAAAUUCUUGGACUUACCUCGAAUCAUUGCCACAACCCGAAAGGGAGCAGUUGUCUCUAUUAAAUGGAAUAGUUUAUGUUUUGGGUCAACAUCGACGAGUUUAUGCUUAUAACAGGCACCGAAUCGAUGGAAAGAAAAUGAAUAAUACAAAUGGAGGUCAUCUUCAUGGAGCUGCUGCAGUUCAUAAAGGGAGGCUUUAUAUUGCAGGGUAA